AUGGUGGCUGAGAAGCCCAGCAGUGCUCUUUCUAUCGCCUCGGCUCUCUCUGAUGGUCAUAUGUCUACUAGGCGUAGUAGUAUAGAAGUCUAUGAAUUUAAUGGAACCUUUCAUGGAUCUAAUGCACAAUAUAAGGUGACAUCAGGGGACAAUAUAUGUUUUGAAGUUGUUGAGUGCACUGGUUUUCACAGACCACGAUCAGGAACCGAUGCUGGUGACCACCCUCCCAUAAUUCCAAUGCGGGCAGUAAAUGAGGACAUGUUAGUCAAUGAUGCUUGGAAAUUAUACCAGUAUGUCUGUCAACAUUUUAUAGGCACUGUAUCCCCUGACUGCAAGUACCUAAGGAAUAAGGUGCAAGCUGGAAGGAAGUUGGUUCCAACUGCUUUGGGAAUCAGCCUAAUAAGAGGAUAUCAGUGCAUUGAUCUGGAUUUCUGUUUGACAAACAUUCGAAGUUUCAUUGAGCAGCAGAUCACCCUUGUUGCCAAGGGUCAAGUGGAUCACUCUCGUGUGGUGGAGCAUGUACUACAACAAUUCAAGCAGAAGUUCAUUUAUUUUGUAAAGCAGAUUUCUUUCCUACAACAAUAG